AUGGAGGAUAAUGACAACAUGGACUAUUUCUACCAGCAGGUAGUUCAGAAGGACGUGUCCCGAAGGUUACAGGUCGGCCAGGAUCUUAUUGAUUACCUGAAUGACUCUCAACGUUCCCCAGACGUAGAGCAGGACAAACCUCGCUUAGACAAGACCAUAGACGAGCUGGCAGGAUGGAUCAACGCCAGCAAUUUCAAGGUGGCAUUGCUGGGGAUAGAAAUCUGUGGAGCCUUCGUCAACCGAAUGGGAGACUCGUUUCAAAGGAUACUUGGGCACAGUGCUCGCAGCUGUCUUUGUAAACCAGACUGGCUACUGUCACCAACAUACUGA